AUGCAUUUCUCCCUCCCAGCUCUUGUCCUCUUCCUCUCCGUCGUGAACGCCUCUCCUCUGCCUAAGAAAGAAGAUGCUGCCGCCGCAACCUCAUCGGCAUCUACCUCUGUCUCCACCGCAUCUGCCGGAAGUGUUCUUACCGCCUCGGCAUACAAUGAUUUCCAAAUCUCGGAUGGAACCGCCGGAACCGCUGAAGAUCAAGCAAAUGCCCUCUUCACCUCAAUCGAUAUGAACAAUCUCGCUGCCGUUUCUAAAGCCGAUCUCAAAAUCAUCCAGGGAGUUCAUGAUGCCGCCGAAGAUGCUGAAACCGAUGCUUUUAAUCCAGCGGUAAAAGCUGCGACUGGUGAUGCUGCUGAUGCUCUUCAGAACGGCAAAAUAAAGAACAAAGUCCUCAAACUCACAGCCGAAGUCCUCAGUCUCCAAAUCAAAGCAGCACAAGGUGGCGAUGCAGACCCGGCCCCUGAACAGAAAAAGUUAGCCACUAAUGUGAAAACGGAUGUGGCGGCUGCUGGAAAGGCUAGUACUGCGGUUAGUUUCGAUGCUACGAGUUAG